GACAGACCGUUGAGAAUGUAUACACACCUUAACUGUCUUUUUAUACCAAGAGGGGAACCAAAUCAAAAACAGUUAAAAAAUCCAAGCUACGAGGUUUUUUUCGAAAAAAAUAACGAUGUGGUUGAUACUUUUUGAAUUAUUAAGGUGAUAUUUAUACCCUAUUAAUAUUUAAUACGAAUUUUAAUAUUAAUAAUAAUAAAAAAAAUGGAAGAAGGUAAAGUUAUUAACCAACACCAAGGAUCAGUUUGUAGUGAUUCGAAUAGUGAGACUACCAUAAGAAACGAGGGUUUUUUUAAUAAAAUAUAUUUGAUUGGUAGUAUAGCGAACGAUUCGGAAAUUUUUACAGCAGCUCAAACUUUCGGUUUCCCAGUUUUAACUUCGAUCGAACCACUAGAUUUUAAAGAAAAUGAAAGUACUUCGACGAUUUUCGUUGUGGAAAAUUUCGAGGGAGAAAUAUUCGAAAAAUUAUACAGAUCAAAAUUACAAUUAUUGGGCCCCGUAGCUCUCAAACAACUGGCUCUUAAGAAAGAAAAAUUACCUUUUAAUACUAGGCCUCUAUAUAAUUUAGCAAUGACGGGGGUAAUCGUUUGUUUUACUGGAUUUCGAGAAAAAGGAGAAUUGGCGAAAUUAGUGAGUUUGAUACAUCACAUGGGAGGUUCCAUUAGGAAGGAUAUGUCUUCAAAGGUGACCCAUCUGAUAGCAAAUACAGUGGGAGGUGAAAAGUAUCAAUAUGCUUCGACGUUUCGAGUACCGAUUAUGAAUCCCAGUUGGGUUGUGGACAGUUGGGAGAACAGGCACGAUCUCGAUUUCACAGUUACCCGGGAAGAUUUUGUCGCCAAACAUCGUUUGAAGCCGUUCCACGGUGCCAAAGUGAGUUUCGUCGGUUUCCCCGAAGACGAAGAGAAACACAUGUGCGAAGUAUUGGUUUUGAACGGCGGUACCGUAACGAAUACCGCCGAUCCGGCUUGUACGCACGUCGUUGUGGACGAGUGUACGGUGACGGAACGGCCGGAAACGUCGUCGAAAGCUUGGAUAGUUAAAGCCGAAUGGUUCUGGACGUCUGUGCAGAAGGAGACCAGUCUAGUGGAGAAGGAUUAUCAAUUGGACGAUUAUUUGGAUCAUGUUUUGUCGCCGUCCGGUCGGAGGGAAUCGAACAUCACGCCCGGGGGAUCGGCAAGAAGGAGGAAAAGGAAGCUUCUAUUGUCGUCUUUGGUGCAUCCCCAAUCGCCGGCGGUAACAAAAAGGAGAUCGUCGGUCAGCGACGCCGGUUUGUUAUCAGUUUCCGGAUCCUUCUUGGAUUGCACCACGAGUCCUUCGAAGGAGAUAUCGGACGGCGUCGAACCGGCGGGAAUCGAUACGCCUAGGAAGGGUUUCACUCAAAGGCACAGGGUGUUUUUGGAAUUGGUGCAGACCGAAACGAAUUACGUCGAUAUUUUGCAUACGAUUAUGACGAUGUUCAAGAAACACUUGGAAGAGAUGCCGGAAGAGGAGGCGCUCCUCAACAACACCGAAUUGAAUCUAAUAUUCGGCAAAAUCCCGUUGAUAUACGAAUCUCACGUCAAGAUGUUGGACGAAUUGCGUUGGACGGCGGCGCACUGGAGCGAAGAUCAAAGCAUCGGCAACGUAAUCGUCAAAUAUUCGACGAGCCUACAAAAGGCUUAUCCGCCGUUCAUAAAUUAUUUCGAGGAAAUGAAGGAGGUUUUGUGCCAAUGCGAUCAGAACAAACCGAGAUUUCACGCGUUCCUCAAAGCAUGUCAGACUCGAUCCGAAUGCGGCAGACAGAGUUUACAGGAAUUGAUGAUUCGACCUGUACAACGCUUGGGUAGCAUCAGCCUAUUGUUAAACGAUAUUUUGAAAAAUACUCCGAAAUCGAAUCCGGACCAUUCGGCAUUGGAACAAGCUUUGGCCGCUCUCAGGGAAGUGAUGACGCAUAUCAACGAGGAUAAAAGGAAAGCGGAAGGGCAAGUGACGCUGUUCAACAUCUUCAACGACAUCGACAAUUGCCCGCCGGACAUCGUUUCGUCGCACAGAAAUUUCAUCGCCAGGGCCGAGGUGAUUCAACUGUCCUCCUCCGAGGGUUUGGCUAGCAAAGGGAACAACCUCGUGCUGUUCCUGUUCUCUGAUCAAUUGGAAGUUUGCAAGAAGAAAUCGAAAUCGUUCAACAGUUUGAAGAGUCCGUCGAGCGUCGCGGCGGGCGUCCAAAACAGGCAGCUGGUUAAGCCGUACAAACACGUGCGAUUGUUGGCGUUGAAUACCAUCAAACGCGUCAUCAAUAUAAAGGAAACGGAAGAUUGCCAGAAGGUUUUCAGUUUGGUUUGUCGGAAUAACGACGAUUUGAAGGAGAAAUUAUAUUCGUUUUCGAUGGCCGACGAGGAGGCCGAUAAGGUGUCGUUUUUGAAGACGUUGACGCGACAAAUGGCAAAUAACGCGUGCACCGCCGAUGCGGACAAAUUCAUGGCUUACCUGGAACCCCAACAAUUAGACAUAGAUACCAGUGACGUGAAUAACGGAACGUUUUCAAAGGCGUUCAAAUUCGCGACGAAUCGAUUGAAAGUCGGCCGAGCUUUUUCGUUCAAUAAAACGCCGUCGAAAUUGAAGAGGGCGGUAUCGUCGAUGAUGUCGCCGUUCGGCAGUUCGACGAAUCUAACGCCCGCUUCGCAAUUGGCCCAAAUGAAAUUAGCCAGCUACAGUAAUAUCAACGAAUUAGGUAGCGCCGACAAAUGUAACGAUUCCCAACCGGUAGCUCCGAUGUCUGUACAACCGACGCGGAAAAUGAAAACAUCCUCAUUGGGCCCUAACGCUCUGAAACGUUUAUAACGCACAAUUUAUACGAAAUAUUAUUUAUAGUUGUUGUAUAUAGACAUUUUAAUCGAUAAGAGUAUAUUUUAACCUAAAAUAUUUGUAAUUAGUUUAUAUUUUGAAAAAAAAUCAGGUGUAAAUUUUAUAAAUUCAUUAAAGAUUUUCGAAAAAAAAAACAAAAAAAAA